ACUUCGUGGUAGUGGCGCGUCACAGCUGAUGGUAUCACAUUUGCAGGUGUGUACAUUUGAAGGCGUGGGUGCACUGGGAACGUCCAGGUGCAUACUUGCGACAUAUGUUGGAGCAGACGGCUCUUUCUUCUUCAAGACGUCUUCUCGGCACAAUGCACGUGUGUUUGAUGGUAAUGGUUGCCCUACUGGGCGUGGCCUAUGGCGUGGUGGUUCUGAAAGAAGCAUCAUAUCUGAGACUCCCUAACCGUAACGGCCAGUACGUCGUCAACAGCAGAACAGCCAGGGAGAGCGCCUAUGAUGACACCAGGAAUUACCUCUAUGUUGUUGGUCGUGACACGGCUAUGUUGCACGUCAUCUCCCUCGCCGACCCCGCCAACCCACAGGAAGUCUACACUUACAAUUUCGACACUGCCAGCGACGGCCGCCCCCUUGACGUGGAGUUGUGUCGGGCGUCGGGGGUCACACCCACACUUGCCAUCACCUUUGACGGUCAAGAUUCUGUGGCGUUUGAAGGACACGUCGUUCUUUACAACCUGUUUGAGAGCAGCACAGAUACACUCACUCCCAUCAACCCAGUAGAUCCAAGGAUUACCGUGGGAGCCCAUCCUGAAAAUAUGAAGUUCACCUCCGACUGCCGUCGUCUGAUCGUAUCUAACGAGGAGCCGCGGGUCGUUGAGGGCACUUUCUAUGACCCCGAAGGGACAGUUUCUGUGAUCACAUUCUCCACAACGCCUGGCGCGAUACCACCAGUCACUACCAUCGACUUCAGAAAAUUCGACCAGCCGUCUGAACUCAUCCCGAUACUGGAUCAAGGCGUCCGCUAUUGGCUUCGCCGUGACCCUAACGAUGCCACCAAGAUCAUCGAUUUCUCCCAGAACGUUGAGCCGGAGUAUGUGGCCAUCUCACCCAGUAAUGGGUUCGCAUACAUUACCCUUCAGGAAAAUAAUGCUAUCGCAAGGAUCGACUUGGAGAACGGUGUGAUUACCAGCCUUUAUGCAAUGGGCAACAAAUCAUGGGAAUUCCUCAGUCUGGACGCAAGUGACAGAGACAACGGUAUCGUGAUGGCAUCGAGGAACAUCCGGAGUUUGUACCAACCCGACAAAGUGGCUUUCUUCACCUGGGGUGCUGAUGUUCCUUACCUAGUGACAACUGACGAGGGGAGACCAACCAACAUCCCCGGGGUCACCUUCCAAGACUACUCAAGAGCUUCAUCACUGACUUGGAAUGUUGAUGAUACCACCCUCGAAUCCGAGUUGGGCGAUGACACAGAACUAGGUCGCCUGUACGUCAGCAGUAUUGAUGGUUUUGACGUCACGCCGAACGUCCCCUAUGCUUUCGGCGGACGUGGGUUCUCUAUCUGGAAUACACAGUCGAUGGCCCGAACCUGGGAGAGCGGUGACGAGCUGGAGAGAUACAGUCGCCAGUACGUCCCGGAUACAUUCAAUGGUAACUGCGCCACCUUCUCCCAAACCCCAGUGCAGGAGAUGGAUGCUAGAUCAACAUGGAUGGGUCCGGAACCCAAUUCUGUGGCUGUUGGCAACUUCAAUGGAAAAACAGUGAUGGUGAUAGGAAGCGGGAGGAACGGCAUGCUCUACGUCUAUAGCCUGCAGCCAACAACCAGUACCCCUGUCCCAGAGUUCCAGAGCGUGCACAGAGCUGGGGAAAUAGACGCAACAUGGGAAACUCUGUACGCCAGGGAAGAUAUGGGAGAUGCCAUAAUUUCUGACAUUAAGUUCUCGAGUACUGGGACUCCUAUGGUGAUUGUGACGUCUGAGGCCAGUGGAAGCGUGUCUGUCUACACUCUAGCUGACGAAGCAUGGCCAACAUCCGAGUUGUAAAUCCUCACAACUUUUACAAUAAACAUGUCAUCAGUU